AAACAAGGUCGGUCAUUCCGCAUUUCCAAAUUUUGUUUAUGUUUGCGCAAAUCUAAAUUCAGGAUCUCUUAAGUUCAUUUAUUCAAAAUAAAAAAUUAGGUUUUAUGUGUUUAGGGUGUCACAUAUUAUUAUUUUUUAAAAUAAAACAUUAUAUAGUCACUGUUGUGUUUUCAGUAACCCUAAAAUAUAUUCCUAGCCCCCACAAUCAAUCAGCACUCCACCCUUCGAAUUCACGCAGCGGCGGCAAAACGCUUGUUUUCUGGCUCGGAUUGCUUAGCUGCUCUCAUUCGAGGUCCAAGUAGUUUUAUUGUUCUUCAUAAUCAUCCUAGUUUUUUCAUUGGAUUAGUUUUAUUAUUAUUAUUAUUAAAAGAAUAAGCAUGAGCCAAGCCAAGCCAAAUUAAAAAUGUCUCAAUAUAUUCUAAUUUCAAAGCCAGCUGCAGCCAACACAGUGGCAGAGAGUACGAGAGGGUGAGAGCGUCGCGGAGAGAGGCGAGGGACUGCAGAGUGUCGCUGCAGAGAGACGACAGCUCCGAAGGGUUCGUCGAAGGGAAAAACUACGUCAGAGGGAGUCGUCGGAGGCAGAUCAAACUUUGGAAGGGAACGUCGACUCGUCGGAGAGAGACGAGAAGCUUGGGAGGAAUCGUUGGAAGCAGCCGUCGAGUCUUUGAAGAGAGAGGAGGUGCUGGAGGAAUCGUCGGAGAGAGAGCAGAGGCUAUCGUCGAGGAGAAGACUCGCUGGAGACUUCGUCGAGGCUUCGUCAGGGAGCAGAACAGAGGAAGCUUUGUGCGAGAGAGAUGGUGCGUAGUUUCUUGUGGGCUACCACAACCCCGCAUUGAACAAAUAGAAAUGCUUUGGACCUUGCAAAAGUAUGGUGUUUGUACCAGUAAUAAAAACUCAAGAAUUUGGACGGUUGGCCCGAUCGUACGGUCUUGGAUGUAGAAAGACGGUCAACUUCCUUACUGCACAUAAACCUCUCGCGUUUUUAUUUUUGGCGCUGGGUUUUGAUAAGGUUCAGAGAUGGCAUUCGGAGGAUCGUCUGUCGGAGCUAUGACGGCUGCUGGAUCGUCAAUGGCGGCAACAAUGAGGCAGGUAAAGCUGGACAGAGAGUGCGAGCUCAGAAUCGAAGUUAGUCCCGACUCGCCUCUCCGGCUCCGACUGCUCACUGGCAAUGCAGAGAUCUUUGGCACUGAAAUUGCGCCUGAAAUCUGGCUCAAUUUUCCUCCCCGGCUCAAGUUCGCUGUUUUUACUUGGUAUGGAGCCACAAUUGAAAUGGACGGUCCUACUGAAACUGAUUAUACAGCAGAUGAGACACCCAUGAUCAGUUAUGUAAAUGUGCAUGCUGUGCUGGAAGGACGAAGAAAUCGUGCCAAGGCAUCCUCCAGUGAAUCUGAUUAUUUCCAGGGUCCUAGAGUAAUUGUUGUGGGACCUACAGAUUCCGGAAAGAGUACACUUUCAAGAAUGCUUCUCAGUUGGUCAGCUAAACAGGGUUGGAAACCUACCUUCGUGGAUUUGGAUGUUGGUCAAGGAACCAUAACCAUUCCUGGUUGCAUUGCUGCUACCCCAAUUGAAAUGCCAAUUGAUCCCGUGGAAGGAAUACCUCUAGAAAUGCCACUAGUUUACUUUUUUGGGUACGCAACCCCUAGUGAAAAUGUAGAAUUGUACAAAGUGCUUGUGAAGGAGCUUGCUAAAACACUAGAGAGACAAUUUGCUGGCAAUGCUGAAUCUCGAGCUGCUGGGAUGGUGAUCAAUACCAUGGGAUGGAUAGAAGGUGUUGGUUAUGAGUUGCUCCUCCAUGCAAUUGAGACAUUCAGUGCCAAUGUUGUUUUGGUUUUGGGUCAGGAAAAACUUUGCAGCAUGCUUAAGGAUGUCUUGAAAAACAAGCCUAAUGUGGACGUUGUGAAGCUUCAAAAAUCAGGUGGUGUUGUAUCUAGGAAUGGGAAGGUGCGCAUAAAAGCCAGGAGUUAUAGGAUAAGGGAAUAUUUUUAUGGCCUUGCAAAUGACCUCUCCCCACAUUCAAACAUUGCAAAUUUCAGUGAUUUAACUGUCUAUCGUAUUGGUGGAGGACCUCAGGCCCCACGUUCUGCCCUACCUAUUGGUGCAGAGCCUGCUGCUGACCCUACAAGAUUGGUUCCUGUGAAUAUCAACCGAGACUUGCUCCAUUCAGUUCUUGCAGUUUCUUUUGCCAAAGAACCUGAUCAAAUUAUCUCGAGUAAUGUUGCUGGAUUUAUCUAUAUAACAGAUAUUGAUAUUCAGAGGAAGAAAAUUACAUUCCUGGCGCCAUCCUCUGGGGAACUUCCAAGCAGAUACUUGAUUGUGGGAAAAAUGACAUGGCUUGAAACAUGAAACUAAUUAAAACAUUUAGAAGAAAUGACUUCUUCUUCUUAGCAUUUCAGAGUCGUGGCCAUACUUCCAAAGCUUGAAAAUUUGAAACUCGGUAUGGUUCUGUUUGCUGGAUGGUUCGUGGAUUAACCUUACCUUGUUAAGACUCACCAGCUUGUGGGUUUUGCAUAUCUUUCUUGUCGUCAUUAAAUUGUGCAUUGCCUAGAUGUUUACUCGGUCUAAUUGUGGCAGAAAUAAUUGUGUUAUUGUUGCCAGGUUGUGCUUAUUCUGGCACAAGGCUUUGUAUGAAAUCCGAACGAAAUGAAUGGGAUGGGAAAAAUCCCAGCAAUCAGAUUACGGUGUUUUGAGUUAUUUUUAGUUUUGUUUAUUGUAAUUGUAGUACUAGUUAUAGAAGGUAAUAUUUAGUCAUUUUCAGGUGAACUUGGAUUGAUAUAUCAAUCUUUUAAUACUGAACAAGUUGCCAUAACUACUUCAGUGUCGGCCAUUAAAGUGUUGUAAAUACAAUUCUUAUAAUAAUGAGUAGCAGGCUAUGUUGAAGUAA